GGGACUUAAGCCUGUUCACUGUUUAAUCUGCAGCUCGAUAAUGUCUGGUCGCGGUAAAGGCGGAAAAGGGCUCGGGAAAGGUGGUGCUAAGCGCCAUCGUAAAGUUCUGCGAGAUAAUAUCCAGGGUAUCACUAAGCCAGCCAUUCGUCGCCUGGCCCGUCGUGGUGGUGUUAAACGGAUUUCUGGGCUCAUCUAUGAGGAGACUCGCGGGGUGCUAAAGGUGUUCCUGGAGAACGUGAUCCGGGACGCGGUCACCUACACCGAGCACGCCAAGCGCAAAACUGUCACCGCCAUGGAUGUGGUCUACGCGCUCAAGCGCCAGGGACGCACUCUCUACGGCUUCGGCGGCUAAGUUCGAGGCAGCCGUUUGGCAUAGGCUAAUAAAACCAAAGGCCCUUUUCAGGGCCACUUACCCACUCACUUAAAAGAGUUUUGCACUUUAUGAUACGGUACAGAGAUGUUUAGGCUGCCACUGCUUUUAGUCCAUAGGCUUACAUUGACUUACAUUACCACCCCACCUUCUCCCGCCACCCAGCAUUUGCGAUUAGUUGCAGACCACCAGAGGUUACCAACAACCUCAAGUUAAAUUUCUAUUUAAUAUACUUGAACUGUACAUUUAGCGGGUUGUAGUUGAGUCCAGCUCAAUGCGGUAGACACUUUGCACAGCCCUUAGUGAAAAGCUGAAAGGCGUCUAGAAAUAAAAGGUAAAGUCUGAUGCUAGGGAAAUGGAGGAACCUAGAUAGGCAUUUUUGAACUGAAAAACCGGCAUGCCUUCUCGGACAUAACAAUAAAGGGGAGUGUGUGAUCAUGAA